AUGGCGUUCCAGAUAUCCAUCGGCGAUAUACUAAUGCUGUCGAAGCUUGCCUGGGAUAUCUCGCAAGAGUUUACAUCAGGCAGGAAAUCAGCGCCCGCAGGGUUCCAAGAAGUGCAGAAUCAACUAAUCUCACUUACCCAUGCCCUAGAAUCGUUGAAAUCGCUCUCCAGUGAGACCUCGGGACAGGAAGAUGGGGACUCAUUUAACAGCAUCACACCGAUUCUGCAGAAUUGCCGCUUUACACUGGAACACCUUGAAGCCCUCGUGAGCAAGUAUAUGAUAAUCGUGAAGGACGAUGGACUAGAUGAAUCAGAGAAAAACAGAUGGAGAGAGGAGCUUCAGAAGAACUGGAAGAAGGAGGAGUCACUAAAACUUUCUUUCUCCUUGUACCGGGGAGACGAUGGGCUGUUCGAGACCGCUCCUUUAUGCGACAAUGCAUCCUUCAAUGUUGACUGGCUUCGAGGUCCAGAUGAAGAUAAACCAGUCUUCAAGUGUAACUGUCAGCUUCGAAGGACUACAUACGGUGACAUACACGACGAGGAACUAGGACAAUACCUCGUCAUGGAAAAUAUUAUGGCUAACGAGAGCAUCCCGGCUCACCUCCCUUAUAAUCCGAAGUAUAACCCCAUCUGGAAAGCAUGGAAUCGAGGGGCGGCCUCGUUGAUGGCGUACCCAUCAAUCAAUCCAUAUACCAAGCUCCCUGUGAUUUCUGUUCUGAAUAUGCUUUGGUAUGUUUUAUGGCGAGUUUUGACUACGGCCUUUCUUUCUAAAAUCUACUUAAGCGAGACAGGUCGCUUAUACGGGAAAAUCGAAACUGUGAAAUUUACAGCCAACGGACGUAGUUACUCUACCGGUCCUAUCGAAGCGGUGCAGAUGGUCCACUUCCGGAAUUUGACUGAAACUUUAGCGUGGUCAUUCAAUGAAGCGGCAGAUCUUAUGUUGGAUGCUCGCUUGGAUAUACACAAUUCUGACUCUAUAGAGGAUGAAGCAGUCGAAUAUACUAUCACUGGUGAGCCCCUGUUUACCCCUUUGGUGACGCGGAUGAUAGAACUGAACUUUACCAGUCAGCGAUCAGACGCUAAUUACACACGGAGAGAAUGCAUCAGUCAAUCUGGACAAGAAAAUAUGGUCAAAGGUGUAGGCGUGGAGAUAGAGCUACCGGACAUCAACUCUGCAAUUUACUUCGUUCAACAACUGAAUAGUCUUCAAGAAGGACUACUUGGAGUCAGGACUCAAGAGUUGUUACGCAAUGAGAAGUUGGUAUGCAAGAUGUAG